AUUUGACUUAAUAUUUAUAUGUGGAGGAACCACAAUGACAUGGAACCAGAAAUAGUAUUACAAAAUUAAAUAUUUAUGUAACAAAAUAAAGUUUCAAUUUUAUUUCAAUCAGCAUUGUUAUCUUCAGGAGGAUCCCAUUGAUGAAGCUGUUUCCUCCACAAUCUUAUCAUACCAUCCCACCCUCUUCUACUAUAUUUAAUAUACUUUGGAGGUGUUCUUGGAUGUUCCCUUGUACGUUUUUCUCUAAAAAUGGAUAUAAUUAGUAAAAUUAAUUAUUUUAUAUCUUUAUAGUAAUAUUGUUGCUUAUAAAAUCCUUACUUAGGCACAGCCUGAAUGUAUCUAUCGUAUCCAAUGGUAUUUUUUCCAUAAUCUAUUUCUUUUUGUCUACGUGCCAAUACUAUAGGAUCUGUUUCAUAUUCUACACAUUUUUUACUACUGUCAGAAGAGUUCGUAGUAGAACUAGAGUCACUGUUACGUCGAGUUCGAAAAACUUUUGUAUCUUCAUUGUAUGUACUAUUUUCUCUAGUUCUCUUGCGUAAACAGUACAAGUCUUCUAGUUUAUUUUUAACAUUAUCUUCAUAUUGUAUGUUGGAUGAAUGAUUUGUAAAUACAUUUGUAUUAAUAUUUGUUGUAACGCUCAUAGUAACAUCUUCGUGCAAUUGUGGUUGUAAGGAAUUUUGAGCAAUUGUGCUUUCUUUGUUCGACUCUAAUAUUUUACCAAGUUCAUUUGAACUCAUACAAAUGGCUUCAUUAAGAAGAGCAUCUUCUUCAUCCGCGAGUUCUAACCAGGAAGUUUUUACAACGGUUUCCAUAUUAGAUAAUUAUUAAAAAUAUAAUUCUUAAACCAACCUACGAGUAAACAAUAACGUAGAAUAUAAUUUACGUGAAUACGUAGUAAGCAAACAUAAUAAAGCGAAAAGUAAACAAUACCUUACCUAAUAGAAGUAACCUAAAUCAAUAACUUUUGAAUUAGAACAUUACGAAGAAUUGUUAAUCUACAAUUUUUAUGAUAAAUACAAGAGCUUAUUAAUCUAGACUCUCGUCUAUGAUUAAAGAACUUAAUUUAAUUUUUAAAUUCACUGCAUAAUUGCACUUCUCCAUGGGAUUACACCUCUCAUUUUUGCAAAUGUUAUGAAUUCUCCAAUGCGCGCCUUUUCUGACAGCCUGUUAUUUUCACGGCUUCAACCUUUAGAAUUCUAUUGUACGAGGAUUUUUGUAAGAGGCCGAUUCAAAUUCUAUCAGACAAAUGAGAUAAAAAUACACUGUCAAGUGUUAUUAUUGGUGAUAUUAAUAGUCAGUGAUAUAUAAAUUGUGACAAUUAAUAUAUUUACUAUUAAUAUUAUGCCACCAAGAAGGAAAUAUACGUUAUUGAACAUGCAGCAACGCUUGGAUGUCUUGAAGGAUAUUCGAGAAACAAGAUUGACAUCUAAACAAAUUGCAAAUAAAUAUGGUGUUAGUAUCAGAACAAUCCAAGACAUUCGUAAAAAUGCUACAAAAAUUAAUGCGUUUGCUGAUAAAAGUAAAUACGAGCUUAAGCGACGAAGAAUAGCAGAGCCAGUAUAUGAUGAAGUAGAUAAACAAUUAUUGGCAUGGUUCGAACAAAGAAGAACACUUGGUGACCGUAUAACCGAUAAUCUCAUAUUACAAAAGGCGACAGAAGUAAAAGAAAAUUUGCCAUCAUGUUCGCAAUUUAAGGUGAGUCGUGGCUGGUUAACAAAAUUUAAAAUACGUCAUGAUAUACGUUUCAGAAACGCGUACCGGAAGAGAGUUAGUGCUGAUCAGGAUAGAGCAUUUGUAAAAGAUUUAAAAAAAAUAAUGAAGGAAGAAAAUAUAAGUUUAGAAAAUGUUUAUAAUAUAUACGAAAGUGGACUUUUAUGGAAGGCUCUUCCGACGAAAACACUGGCUGGAGAAGAAAAAAGAAGUCUUAGCGAACACAAGCUGAAAGAAGAUAGAAUUGCAAUUGGUUUAUGUGCAAAUGCGUUAGGCACGCAUAAGAUUAUGCCUCUUGUAAUUUACAAAUAUAAAAACCCAAUAGCUUUGAAACAUGAAGUUUCAUUACCUGUAAUUUUUAAAUCGCAGACAAAUGCAUGGAUGGACAGUACAAUAUUUUUAGAUUGGUUUGAAGAACAUUUUAAACCAUCUGUAAAACAAUACCAGGAGGAAAAGCAAAUACCACAAAAAGCAAUUUUAUUGUUAGAUAACUGUGAAGCUUAUAAAGUUUCACAACAAGAAGAUGAGGAUUUUAAAAUUAUAUAUUUACCGUCUAAUACAACAUCUAUUCUUCAACCAUUGGAUCAAGAGAUCAUAGAGAAAACAAAAAGAAUUUUCCGCCAUAAAUUCUUGCAAUGUGUUUUAACAUAUGAUGGAAGAAUAAAUGAAUUUUAUGCCAAUUACACAAUAAAAAGCUGCAUUGACAUUUUAUCUGAAUCCUGGUUGGAAAUUACACAAAGAAAUAUCAAAAACGUAUGGAAUAAAAUUAUUAAUCCUGCUAGUCCUUCCAUUCAGUCAUAUACGAAAGAGCUUCAACCUGACUGGCAAGACAUGAUAAGUAUAAUCACAGGUGAACAAUGCACCCUGGCACAUGUUACACAAUAUUUAUUAAACUGUGAGAAAGCAGAAAGAAGGAACGAAAGCGUAGAAAUAAAAGAAGAAAUGGAAGAACUUCAAGAAGAAACAGAAGAACCUCAAGAAGAACUGCAAGAAAUAAUUUAUGCAGGAAGCAGUAACGAAACUGUGAAAGGUGAAUUAUAUACAAUAUUUGAGAGAUUGACAUCUUACAGUGCAAGAGCACCGACUUUUAUACAAUGCAUAGUGCAGGGAUUACAAAUAUUUUUCUUGGGCAAAGAGCAUUACAUAAGAAAUAGAGGAAAACCAUUACUGCAGGCCACGAUACUACAUGAUUCCAAGGAUAAUAUGCUACAAAACAAUUCAAUAUAGAAUAUAACUUUUCACAAUAAAUAUUAAAUAUUUAUUAUUA